GGUUCCUGGACUUGCCGCAGCCCCCUGCCCUGUGGAGCGUCUCCUCUGGAGGCCAGGGUGAGCGGCGGGGAUGGCCACGGAGAUCAGCGCUCCGGGCCCGCAACGCGCCAUCGGCAACGAGGAGUACAGCCUGUACAGCAGCCUGAGCGAGGAGGAGCUGGUCCAGAUGGCCAUCGAGCAGAGUCUGGCGGACAAGACCCGGGGCCCGGCCACUGCAGAGGCCACGGUGUCCUCGCGUGCCAACCACCAGCCUGCCCACUUCUACCCAUGGACCAGGUCCUCAGCGCUGCCCGAGAACCCCCCGGCCCGGCCCCCCAUGGGCUUGUUCCAAGGGGUCAUGCAGAAAUACAACAGCCUCAAGACCUCCCAGCUGGAGGCCGUGGACCCCGUGCUGAAGGCCAUCAAGGAGGGUGACAAGGAGGGCCUGGAGGCCAUGAUCAAGGACGGGAAGAACCUGGCGGAGCCCAACGGGGAGGGCUGGCUGCCCCUGCACGAGGCCGCCUACUACGGCCAGCUGGGCUGCCUGCAGGUCCUGCAGCGAGCGUACCCGGGGGUCCUGGACCAGCGCACCCUGCAGGAGGAAACGGCCCUGUACCUGGCCACAUGCAGGUCACACUUGGACUGCGUCCUCUCGCUGCUCCAGGCCGGGGCCGAGCCUGACAUUUCCAACAAGUCCCGAGAGACUCCGCUCUACAAAGCCUGCGAGCGCAAGAACGCGGAGGCCGUGCGGAUCCUGGUGCAGCACAGGGCAGACACCAAUCACCGCUGCAACCGGGGCUGGACGGCGCUGCACGAGUCGGUGUCCCGCAACGACCUGGAGGUCAUGGAGAUCCUGGUGGGCGGCGGCGCCAAGGUGGAGGCCAAGAACACCUACGGCAUCACCCCCUUGUUCGUGGCCGCGCAGAGUGGGCAGCUGGAGGCCCUGAGGUUCCUGGCCAAGCACGGCGCUGACAUCAACACGCAGGCCAGCGACAACGCCUCCGCCCUGUACGAGGCCUGCAAGAACGAGCACGAGGACGUGGUGGCCUUCCUGCUGUCCCAGGGCGCCGACGCCAACAAGGCCAACAAGGACGGCUUGCUGCCCCUGCACAUCGCCUCCAGGAAGGGCAACUACAGAAUCGUGCAAAUGCUGCUGCCAGUGACGAGUCGCACGCGCGUGCGCCGGAGCGGCAUCAGUCCCCUGCACCUGGCGGCAGAGCGCAACAACGACGCGGUGCUGGAGGCUUUGCUGGACGCGCGCUUCGACGUGAACACGCCGCUGGCGCCCGAGCGCGCGCGCCUCUACGAGGACCGCCGCACCUCCGCGCUCUACUUCGCCGUGGUCAACAAUAACGUGUAUGCCACCGAGCUGCUGCUGCUGGCCGGCGCCGACCCCAACCGCGACAUCAUCAACCCACUGCUGGUGGCCAUCCGCCACGGCUGCCUGCGCACCAUGCAGCUGCUGCUGGACCACGGCGCCAACAUCGACGCCUACAUCACCACGCACCCCACCGCCUUCCCCGCCACCAUCAUGUUCUCCAUGAAGUGCCUGUCCCUGCUCAAGUUCCUCAUGGACCUCGGCUGCAACGGCGAGCCCUGCUUCUCCUGCCUGUACGGCAACGGCCCGCACCCGCCCGCCCCGCAGCGCUCCGGCAGGUUCUACGAGGCGCCCAUGGACAAGGAGCCCAGCGUGGUCCAGUUCUGCGAGGUCCUAUCGGCGCCAGAGGUGAGCCGCUGGGCGGGGCCCAUCAUCGAUGUCCUCCUGGACUACGUGGGCAACGUGCAGCUCUGCUCCCGGCUGAAGGAGCACAUCGACAGCUUUGAGGACUGGGCCAUCAUCAAGGAGAAGGCAGAACCUCCGAGACCCCUGGCUCACCUUUGCCGGCUGCAGGUUCGAAAGGCCAUCGGCAAGUAUCGCAUCAAACUCCUGGACACGCUGCCCCUCCCAGGGAGACUGAUCAGAUACCUGAAAUACGAGGACACCCAGUAAGGGCCUGGGAAGCCCAGUGGCCCCUCGCACCUGUUCUCCAAGUCUCAGGACGGUGGUGUCCCCACAUCCAGGAGCAUCUGGGGCAGGACAAGGCUGCAGGCUGCCUCCCUCUCGGCUGGGACAGCCACCUGUCUUGCUGGGUCUGUGCCCGAGCUUUGUCCAGAGCAGAGAGCACAGCACCCGGAGGCGGAGAAGAAUCAUCUAGACUGUGGACUAGAGCCCAGGCCUCCUCUGCCACUGGGAAUGAGGGGCAGGCGGGCUCCAUCCCGGAGCCUGGACAGAACUUGCGGGUCCGGGGAAGGUGGGGGCCAUAGCGACCCCUGGCCUCCACCCGAACUGUGCUGGAGGACUCCUGGGCACGGGCUCGCCUCUCUGGGAUGCGGGGACCUCGCUUCAGAGCAUUCCCCGUGCUCCCCCCACCACUUCGUGUAACCCCCCACUUGACCUCAACCUCUGAGCGGGGCCAGGACCAGGGAGGGGGCCCUCGGUCUGGAGGGCUUCACUGAGGACAAUAAAUGCUGCACACACGUCA